CAAGGGGAAACGAGGGAGGGCAAUUAGUGAGGCCCCAGGAGGUGCUUGCUGCUGUAGUGAGAUUGGAGCUAGAAGUGCGGAGGGGCCGGGGUAGAGGUGAUGGUUCCUUGGUGUUGAAGUGGUGGAGGGGAGCCGGGAUGGCGCGGAGCCCCAAGGAGGGCAGUGUGUCUCCCUCCGCCAGCAUGCGUGGCACCAGGGAGACCCUCAGCGAUCCGGAACUCGAGUCUGUUGGUUCCGACUCCGAGAUCAACGGCUUCACCGUGGAGAGGAGGACCGACAAGUACGGCUUCCUGCUUAAGAGCGAAGUGGACGGUAAACGGGAAGAGGAGGUGCCAGUUGAUGUGUUACGACAGAGGGAAGUAAAAUGGCUGGACAUGCUUUCAAACUGGGAUAAAUGGAUGGCAAAACGGCACAAAAAGAUAAAACUGAGGUGUCACAAGGGAAUACCACCAUCACUUCGUGGCCGGGCAUGGCAGUACCUUUCUGGAAGCAGAGUAAAAAUGGACCAAAACCCCCAUAAAUUUACUGAGCUGGACUCAAUGGCAGGUGAUCCUAAAUGGCUGGAUAUCAUAGAACGAGAUCUUCAUAGGCAGUUUCCUUUCCAUGAAAUGUUUGUGGCACGAGGGGGUCAUGGCCAGCAAGAUCUCUUCAGGGUACUAAAAGCCUACACUCUAUACAGGCCUGAUGAAGGAUACUGUCAGGCCCAGGCACCCAUUGCAGCUGUCCUCCUCAUGCACAUGCCAGCAGAGCAAGCAUUUUGGUGUCUGGUGCAGAUCUGCGAGAAGUACCUGCCGGGAUAUUACAGUGAGAAACUGGAAGCAAUUCAGUUGGAUGGAAGGAUUCUGUUUGCACUGCUUCGUAAAGUGUCCACAGUGGCAUACAAACACCUGAGCAAGCAGAAGAUUGACCCCAUCUUGUAUAUGACGGAAUGGUUUAUGUGUGCAUUUUCACGGACACUUCCUUGGAGCUCUGUCUUGCGAGUGUGGGACAUGUUUUUUUGCGAAGGUGUAAAAAUCAUCUUUCGAGUUGCACUUAUCCUUCUGAAAUAUACGCUUGGCUCCACUGAAAAGCUUAAAUCAUGUCAGGGUCAGUAUGAAACAAUGGAGAAGUUACGAGCAAUUGAUCCAAAGUGUAUGCAGGAAAAUUUCCUUAUACCAGAGAUUUUGGAAUUGCCCAUCACAGAGCGGGAUGUGGAACGUGAGCAUCUGAUCCAGCUAAAGAAGUGGAAGGAAGAAUUUGGAGAGCUGCAGUACAAAUCCCCUUCCCGUAUGCAUGGGGCCAAAGCCAUCAGUGAUGCCGACCCACUAGGCCAUAAGCCUCUGGUGCACUCCCCUUCCAUCAUCCUCCCAUCCAGUGUAAGCGGAGGGAAGAAGUCCAAAGAGCAGAAGCAGGAAGAGAAGGAACAGGAAAAGCAGAGAAGUAAGGAGAUGAAGGAGAGGGAGAAGAUGGAAAAAGGGAUAAAGAAAGUCGAGAAGAGAAAGAGUAGAGGUAAAGCUGACCAGUCCAAUGGGGCUGUGAAAGAAGAGAAUGGAACCGAGGGGAACAGAGAUCACCGGCAGGAACCGGUACAGCCUCUCUUGGCCAAAGUAACCCAAAAUGACUCUUUAAAUGUGCAUCAGUCCAGUGAGAGUUUGUGCUCCAAAGAAAGUGAGGACACCUAUUUAUAACUUCCACAGUUACACCACAUGAUGAAAUGGUCAGACCGAUCAUAACCAUCAGUGUGCUUGUGGAGUCUCUCAGCCUCUGUAUUGGACAUUCUUCAGCAACAAAGAGAAAUCAGAUUCGAAUAAACAGCGAAACUACAGGAAAUGGACUAAUUCAGUUUAAAAAAGUUCAUCUACAGGAUUUGUCCUGGAUUCAUGGAAUAUAUGUGUGUUUCCAUAAGUAAUUGUUACUCCAGAGAUUACAAGACCCUCAUUAUGUAUUGUACCAAGGUUUUUCACGUCUCUUUUGCUGUGGAUAACAAUGGGGAUCAAAUAGCUACAAACUACCAUCCAGGCUGCAAGAGAUCCUUUCUGUAUUGUCACUAACGUCAGUGUAAUGGGUGCAGGCCAUGCACACAGUGCUCUAUUCCAUUCCAGAUGUUUUGCUAAGAGCAGAAUUUUCUACUAUGCACAACGAGUUUAUUGUUUCCUAUAUACAUGGGACCAAGCAGAGAAAUAGAACAGACAAUCUCUUCCGCCAUCCCACAGAUACUCUUUGUACCACUAAAUGGAUUAGAGGAGUCUAAAUUGUGCUUCAUAUCUCGGCACAAUGGAGUGUCUGUUGAAUUCUCUCGUACUCUUAUUAGAUGCUGUACAAGAAGAGGAAAUCCGAGUUUUGAUGCGGGUCUCUACAGGAGACUCCGGGGGAUGAACUGUAUGCUGUUACCUGACCAAACUACACUAUUCCUCCCUCCUCCUGACACUACAGGGAAGGGCUUGUAUUCCACAGUGUGUCGUUAUACAGUUACACUAAACACAGCCAAGCAGGAAUAUUUAUUUAUCUAUGGUAUUAGCUGUUGCAAAAAGAAA